AUGUUUUAAUAUAAUAUAAAUGAAUUACUUGAAUUACCAAAUAGUUUAAAAGGUUAGAAUUAUUCAGAUGAGGAUAUUAAACAAUUUCAAAAAUUAUUAUAUUCUCUUAUAAUUAGAUUCAGGUAAAUAAUUAAUGAAAAGAAUUAAUCUAUUUCAACUAUUGUCGAACAAAUCUAAUAAACUAUUUAAUAUUGGGAGCAUCGUAUUUUAAAUCGAUUAAGAAGUUUGGCAAGAAAUAACUUGAGUUUUAGUUCAUAUGCAAACAAGGAAAGGAUUUUUUUAUUUUAGUUUGAGUAGAUUAUUGAAGCAUAUAGCGAAAAAUAAAAAUUAUUUCAAGAUGAAACUUAAGAUGAAAUAUUAAGUAGUUUUUUAAAAUAGGAUUUGGAAAUAAUAUCUAAAUAAUGUGCAGUAGAGAUUAAGUACUUUGAUACUCAUCUUCCUUACAGAUUUAAAUUGUUUUAAGAAUCAAAUAGGGUUUCAAAUUAAUAAAAACCGAUUUAAAAACCGAAUAUCUGUAUAUUAGGUUUGACAAAAACUGGUAAAAGUACAUUGUUGAAUAUAUUGAUCAAUCCCGAAAAUAUUACAAUUUCUGACAAUGGCAACCGUAAGCAUUUCUCUACAAUUGACAAAUAAAAGGGAAUUUAAAUAUCCUAAACUUGUGAAAGUGAAACUAAAUCCACUUUUGAUCGAGAAAUUGAUGAUUUUGUAUUCACAGAUACACCUGGAUUUGAAGAUACUGAUAGGGAAAAUAGAUUGAUUAAUUAAAUAAAAAUCUUUUCAUAAUUACAAAGAUCUCCCUAAUUAAUCUUUUUAAUUUUGAUUGAUGGAUCAAAAUUGUGUGAAAAUAAAAAUGAACUUUACUCAACUAUUGAACAUAUCAAUUUAUUUUUUGGAGAUAAACUAUUUGAAUCUAAAUUGGAAAACUUUAUUAUACCAGUAUUUAACAGAUUAGAAUCCAAUACCAUGGAUUAUAUAAAAAAAAUAUGGAACAUACAAAUAGAAGCAAACUGUUGUAACGAGAAAAUCUCUUACUUCUUAAAAGCAAUAAAAAAUAGAAUUGAUAAUUAGAGGUAUAUUUAACUAUUGAAUGCAUCCAAUUUUAUUGAUGAAAUAGAACUAAAAGAUUUAAUCUAAUAGAAGUAAAAAUAUUAAGAUUAAAUUACCUAAUUGAUUAAUGAUAAUAAAAUUUCAGAGCAGCUUGGUUAUUUAAAUAAAUAAGCAAUUUAAUUAUAAAAAUAAAUUGAUAUUAAAUCAAAUCAAUCGCCAUAAAUUAACUAUGAAUUGUUAUAGGGAAUUAAAUCAAACAUUUUAGAUUUAAGUAGAUAAUUAUAAAAUGAAUAGAUAUAAUAACAAGCAAAAAUAGCUUUUAUUUUGGAAUUAAAUGCUGAGAUGAAAGAGAGUUAUGAUAUCAUAUUAACAUACUAAGAUGAAAUAUGCUAAUGCCUUUUAACAUAAGUUACUGAUGUGAUAAUUAAUAAUCUUUUAAAUAAUCAUUCUAGAAAAGUAGAUGAUGUAAUAAACCUAUGUUCUUUAAUAUCAAAUAUUAUAGAAAACUAUAAAUCAUCAGAAAAUAUAAGUGUUUUUGCGUUUUUCGAUUAAAUAAUAUAACAAUUUAUUAAUCUUUUCAAAAAUCAAAUUUUGGUUAUGGAUUUAAUUGAUAAAUUGAAGUCUGUUAAUAACCUCUCUUAAUUCAUUAAUAAUGGAUAAAAAAUAUAAAAUAUUUCAGUUUAAUACUUAGAAGAUGAAUUAGAACUAAUUAAAAAAAGCAGUACAAGUUUAAGAUUUGAAGUUUAAUAAUAAAUUAAAAAAAAUUGGAAUAUAUUUUUUAAAACUAAUAAAAUUGGUUGA